AUUUCCCAGGGUCUCAGGAAGUGGGCGGUCUGAAGUCUCCGGGCCGGGGGCGGAGUCAGCGGUAUGUGAUUGACAGGCUGUCAGAGAAGGCGUCCAUGGUGACGGAGCCGUGGGAGCGGCUGCUGGAGGUGGUGGGCGUGGUCAGCUCGCUCUGUGAUUGGCAGAGAGAGAAAGCAAGCCGGUCAUACUCGGAGCUCCUGCAGCAUGUUUCAGAGUUGUGUCGGUUCAUGUCUGCUGCGGACGCUGAAGGUUUCUCCCGCUGCUGUGUGCAGAUAGUCACCUGCUGCACGCUGGUCCUGUUUCACAGCGCGUUUCACUACGUCUCCGCCGUGCAGCCUUCGCUGUUCCAGGGAAAAUCCAAAGCGACUUACAAAUGAGAACAAUAGAAGCAAUCAGACCAACGAGAGAAC